CUCUCAAAAUGCCUGCGUUACUCAGGCUGCUGUUCUUCCUGCUCUGAGUGGAAAGUGCUGGACCAGGACAGAAACAUGUUCAAGAGCAGACACCCCAGCCUUAGCAAAAGAGGAGGAAUCUGGGGAUUGUGCAUCCUCUUGCUUUACACCAGCCCUCUCUCCUGUUUUGCAAAUUUCAGCAAAGCAAAAGAGCUCAUCUAUAAGAUAAAGGAGGGAUUACCAAAGGGGACCUUCAUAGGGGCCAUUGGAGUAGACCUUAAUUUGGAUUUUAAUGUGGAACCCCCAUUUAUAUUCAAUCUCCCGCAAAAGAAGGUCAGCGAUCAGUACGUGAACCUGAAUAAUACCACGGGGGAGCUUUACACAUCUGCUACUGAAAUUGACAGGGAGACGCUCUGUCCGGAUAACACCGGGGGAAGGGGCUGUGUCCUCUCACUGGACGUCUUUCUUCUGCCUCAGCAGUACUUCCAGCUCAUCAAAGUUAAGAUCUACAUCGAGGACAUCAAUGACAACAGGCCAAAGUUCCCUGUGGAUGAGAUUUGUAUUUCUGUUCCAGAAAAUACACCCAUCAAUGCUCGUUAUGCUGUGGAGCACUCUGCGGUUGAUCCAGACCUGGGUCUGUAUGGAGUGCAGACAUACUGGCUUGUUAAUGACUUUGGCAUGUUCACACUGGAUGUUGAAGAGAAUGAGGGGGGUGAGUUGACACCCUUUCUCAUCGUGACAGAGGCUUUAGACAGAGAAUCCCAGGCUGAAUAUAUCACAGAUAUCAUUGCAGAGGACGGAGGGACUCCUCCUCUGCUGGGCGCAGCUACUUUAAAAAUUGUAAUCACAGAUGUCAACGAUAACUGCCCCCAAUUCACCGAGUCACAAAUUAAUGUCACUCUGCAUGGGAAUACAACCAAAGGGGCACAUUUGGCCCGUCUGCAUGCUUUUGACCCUGACCUUGGUGCUAAUGCUCAGAUCGGCUAUGCUUACAGUGAACGUGUGCCAAGGGAGACCAGGAGCUUGUUCCAUUUGGACAGAGUCACAGGGGUGAUCAAGCUAGCGGGGAAAAUAGACACGGGCACCAACACAUUUUACAAACUCACCAUCCUGGCAAAUGGACCUGGUUGUAUCCCUGCUGUUGCCACGGUUGCUGUCCAUAUCAUCAAAGUUGUUACAGGACCCCCUGCUGUCAUACCCAGGUACAUUGCACCAGAAAAGGACGGGGUGGUGUCAUUAAAAGAGUCUGAGCCAGCGUUUUCUCCUAUCGCUUUUUUUACUGUCAAAAAUAUUGAUAAAAAUCAAAAGGUGGACUGUCAUUUGGAAGGGACUGGACCGUUUAGACUUGUUCCCUACCAACUGUUCAAGAACGAGUACCUGCUGGAGACUACAGAGCCCUUGGAUUAUGAGAAGAUACAAGAGUAUGAGCUUAUUGUGGUUGUUAAAGAUCACAAAGAGCUUGUCAUUAAGACUUUCCUCAAGGUGCAAGUUUUGGAUGAGAAUGACAAUGCACCAAUGUUUCAGCAGUCUCUAGUUAAACUCUCUUUGGAGGAGAACAAUCCACCUAAUACCUUCCUGACUCAGCUCCAAGCCUCAGACCCAGACAGCGAAGGCAGAGGGGACGUCAUCUACCUCCUUGGAGGGGAUGCCCCUGGGAUUUUCUUGGUGGAUCGUGUGACUGGUAUCCUGACAGUGACCACAUCACUGGACCGUGAGGAGAAAGAGACUUACCGUUUCAUCAUAAGAGCAGUGGAUCAGGGUACACCAAGGAGGGAGUCGAUUGCAACUGUGGUGCUGACCGUUGAGGACCGCAAUGACAACAGUCCACGCUUCAUCAACAAGGACUUCACGUUCUUUGUGCCAGAGAACUUUCCAGGGUACGGCGAGAUCGGGGUCCUCUCUGUGACGGAUGCAGAUGCUGGGAAAAACGGUUGGGUGGCUCUUUCGAUCCUCAAUGGCAGUGACAUCUUCCUCAUAGACACAGGCCGUGGAGCACUGAGGGCCAAGACCUCGCUGGACCGUGAGCAACAAGGGACAUACCAGCUGUGGAUUGAGGCAAUCGACGGUGGGGAGCCUGCACUUUCCUGUGUGACUAUGGUGACUGUACUCCUAUUGGAUGUAAAUGACAACCCUCCUAUUGUCCUCUUUCCCCAGUCUAAUCAGUCCUACAUGUUAGUACUUCCCAAUACAGUCCCAGGAACAUCAAUCACAGAGGUCUACGCUGUGGACAAGGACACAGGCAUGAAUGCUGUGAUCGCUUACAGUAUCAUUAAAAGGAAAGGUGGUGAACCAGGGUCAUUCGCCAUCGAUCCAGAAACAGGAAAUAUCACGUUAAAGAGGGAGCUCAGCAACCGGGGUCUCUACAGCCUUCUGGUGAAGGUCAGUGAUCAUGGUCAGCCUGAGCCCCUCUACUCAACUGUCAUGGUUAACUUUUUUGUUAAUGAAACUGUGAGCAAUGAAAGCUACAUUCAGAGUCUUCUGACAAGAGAGGCUGACAUUGAAAUAGAGGAGAGGCCCUGGUAUGUUGGCCAGAUGACAGAGGGGCCUGAGAGAUACGAGUUGUUCCCUUGUCAGCCUGUCCUCAUUGCUCUGUCAGUGACGUGUCUGGGGCUUUUCUUCACAGUUGUCACACUGACAUCUUACAUAUGCUGUAAGAGACAUAAAAAGCAGCGAAAGAAAAGAUCAGAAGUGGAGGUACCUUUAAAAAUGAAGAAUGACUCUAUGCAGGUUGUGAACAAGAGACUCAGGCAGAUCUCGAACAUCUGA